AAACAUUGUGUCACAUUUUUUUCUGCUCGUAUAACAUUUGCAAAGGACACAUAAGAGUCAUCCGGCGCGGCGAGCUCUUAUUUCACGAAUGUGUAUUUAGAAUAAAAGUCAUGUUUUAUCGUAGCAAAACCAUUCGAGGUUUGUUGGAAAUCGUCCCGGGAAAACGGCGCCUGGGAGCGUACAGGUUCCUUCCUAUCUUCUUCUGCAUCGGAGGAGUCAUGGAGUGGAUCAUGAUCAAUGUGAGGAUAGGGAAGGAGACUUUCUAUGACGUCUACCGCAGAAAACGAUCAGAACGGGAGUACCAGCAGAAGAUUGCAGAUGGUUUGGUAGUUCUUGACCAGCCUGCAGCCAAGUGAAUGAUUGCGGGACUUCGCAGAUGUCUGCUAACACCCCACCGUUGAACUUGUCCCCCUUCGCUGCUUUCAACAACUGUAUCACGUGUCUGGACCUGUUUGAAAAUUUAAUGAGUGAAAGAAUGACUGCUUUUAAUAUUGAUAUGGUUGGUUAAAGAAGAACAAGCAGCGCUGCGGUCACGUUUGUGGAAAACCUUCCAAUUCCAUUGAUGCCUCCAGUGCAUCACGCCUGCCAUCUCAUGUAAAAAAUAAAGCCAAUAUAUUUAUGUA